AUCGAGCUGCAUCGUCUUCGAGAACCACAAAGAAAUACUGGUGUUAUAGAAAUGAAGUCAGUUGCCUGCAUCCUCGCAUCUUUGGCCACCCUCUGUUCGCUGCACGAAAUUUCGUCACUCAACACGCCGAUCGUCCGCACAGCUUCGGGAUGCGUGGCCGGACAACGCUUGCCGGUCGAGUAUGGUGAAGUUGAAGCCUUCUACGGAAUACCAUACGCGACACCACCGAUUGGACAGCUGAGAUUUCGCAAACCUCUGCCCGUGAAGCCGUGGAAUGGCGUCUUGAACGCCACUAGGAAAACCAUGGCAUGUUGGCAGACCGACUUCACACCGCUUCGAAACGUGAGUCUAACUUACCCUGUGGCCACCGAGGACUGCCUUCACGUGAACGUGUGGAGGCCAUCCCACAUCUGCGACGAUGAAUUUUGUUGCAGCGGGAGAAACCUUUCCGUGGUGGUAUUCAUAUACGGCGGCGCGUUUCAGUGGGGAGACGCUGGGCUCUUCAUUUACGAUCCGGCAAACUUCGUUGCGCUUUCCGAUGUCGUGUACGUCACGUUCAACCACCGACUGGGCAUCAUGGGUUUCUACCCCUCGUCAGCCGACAGCGGACCGGGUAAUAUCGGCUUCUACGACCAGCUCUCAGCGCUGCUGUGGGUCAAAGAGAAUAUCGCAUGUUUCGGAGGCAAUCCAGACGACGUCACACUUAUAGGGCACAGCGCGGGAGCCAUGAGCGUGGGACUGCACAGCACGUCGGCCCUCAGCCGUGGCCUUUUCAAAAGGGCCAUCCUUCAAAGUGGCACGCCGAUCACACUAAUCAUCGGCGUGGCCUUUUCGGGUUCACUACUGUUUCGUGAGCAUGCAGAAAAGUUGGGCUGUUAUGAUUCUGAAGCCGAAGCUCGAAAGGCGGUACCUGAAAUCUUGAAGUGCCUUCGUCAGCUAGACGCUAAGACAAUUUACAGUGCGAUCGGCUCUAAAUCCAUACAAAGCCAACUAUUCAUACCGGAGUCGGGAGAUGACUUCCUUCCAGCAAACAUUCUCUCUGAGGAAAAUUGGAAAAAAAUACAUGUUGACGAGAUGUUAGUUGGCACUACCUCUGAGGAAGGGGCCCUAUUCAUAGACAUCAUUCGUAACGCCGCCCCGGACUUGGACUCCGCACUGACUGAAAAUUACAGAAAGGGAAUCGCAUUUGCCCUUUACCUCGUCUUUGAGAUUCCUAUGGACAGAGCUAACGUCAUUACGGAACAUUACUUUGGUGGUCCUGAAGUACAACAUGACUCAGAAAGUGUGAUAAGAACAAUUGGUACUCUAUUCGCAGACGUUUUAUUCAACUGCCCUGCCCAUUUCUUCGCCACAACAGCGGCGAAAAACGGCGUUGCCACAUACAUGUAUAAGUUCGACCAUCGGCCGUCGUAUAGUAUGUGGCCCAAGCACUACGGCCCCACGCACGUCGAGGAACUACCAUUCACAUUUGGUGUCCUACCAUUUUUCUCAGAUGAAAGCAGGUUUACGCCACCUUUGACUGAAGAAACAAAGGAAUUUGUGAAAUCAAUUCAAUUCUCGCCUGAAGAGCAUUCAUUCAUGCGACAAACUGUUGGUGUUUGGUCUUCGUUCAUCAAGAAAGGAAAAAUUCCGCUCCCAGCCUCAAAUGAAACAUGGCCCAAGUACUCAGCGGAACACCCCGAGUUCAUCUCCAUGAAGCCUAACAGUUUCAAGCGAACGAAGCUCAGCGAACCCUGCAACCUCUUCAAGCCUUUCCUCGUGAAGGAGUGAACGGAAUGUGUGCUCAUUCUAGCCAACGCAUAUGAUGUAUUUCUCGAAAAUUGCCAAGAAGGGUUUGUUUUCUUUAUUUACGUUUUCCUAGUACUACACAAAGAGGUGAUGUAGGUUCCUAAAAUACCAGGAAAUUGCGACGUUACUGUGCUCUAUUACAGUGCCUAAUAAAAUGGCGAUC